AUGAAUGAUGGGAUUGAUGACGUCAUAGGUAGCAGACAGAAGAAGGGCGGAAGUAGCGUAGUGCGGGAACUGGUGAAGUGGAGUGUAUCUUUCAAUUCUCCAGGCUUGAAAAGUGCUAAUUUCAGAUCUUUCUUCAGGAUAGUCCCAGCUUUCCCUGUCAUUAAGAAAAACACAGACAUUGUGUCUAUGUGGGCUAAAUUACCUUCAUUUGAGAUUGUGUGCACAUGGUUCUUUGUAUUGUCACAGACUUGGGGAACAUUGGGGUAUCCCUUGGAAUGCAAAGAUGAAAAAGGCAGUUCUAAUCGCUGCGUCUCCAUCCCUCUGGACAAACUGUUGGACCGGGUCAUCCAGCAUGUUGAGCUCAUUUCACGUGUCUCUGAGGAAUGCUGCUCCCUCUUUGAGGAGAUGCUUGUCCCCUUUCCCCUCCUGUCUAAGACAAGCAGGGGAGUUAACAUCUGCAUCACUAAAGCCAUUCCUGUCCCAGGUUCCAAAAGUGAAAUACAGCAAAUUUCGGACAAAUGGCUGCUCCAUUCUGUGUUAAUGCUAGUCCAGACAUGGAUAGAACCACUUACCUACUUGCAAGAAACUCUCAAUCGCUACGAUGAUGUCCCUGAUGCCCUGCUCAACAAAACCAAGUGGGUGUCAGAUAAGCUGCCCAGCCUGGAGCAAGGCAUAGUGCUACUCAUUAAAAAGAUGUUGCAGGAGGGAUUCCUGACGACAGAGCUUCAGCAGACACUGACACAUUUCAACAAGCAGCCGGAAGUGUUGGAAUCCACUCUGAGAGACUACACGCUGCUCAACUGCUUCAAGAAAGAUGCUCACAAGAUAGAGACCAUACUGAAACUGCUAAAGUGCCGGCGGAACCACAAGCUUAGCUGCCUCUUUUAUUAG